AUGUUGGGCAGGCUGCAGCUGCCUUUCACCCAGACUAACACCUCAAACUCACCCUCACCCUCACACUCGCCUUUCUGCUGGGCCCUGGCCGCUGCACUCCUGACACACCCUUUCGUUUUCCCUCUGGUCUCUUUCACAACCACCGCCGACCUCCUCGACUACAUCUCCUGCUGCCCUCCAAACCUCGGUCCUCUCAGCCGGGGCAUCAUGAAGUCUGUCAAGCUAAAGUCGCCCGUCAAGACCUCGGUCGCCCGCCACGAGGAUCAUCCCGAUCUCCACGACAUCGACCCGGCCUGUGCGAUCUGCCAGGUCGACGUGGGCACCAAGUCCCCGGACGGCAUCAAGGAGGGCUGGUCAAUCACCCCCUGCGGCCAUGUCUUCGGCAAUGUGUGCAUCAAGCGCUACCUCUCCAUAACCGACAAGCCCCUGUGCCCCGUCUGCCGGACCGACCUGUUCCACAUCUGCUCACACCCGAUCCUGCCCGCGGCCUACGAUCGAAAGAAGUCAAGACUGACCCGCGAUGAGGCCGCGAGCGUGAGCUUUCCCGGUGACCCCCGAAACAGCGACUGCCCUUACUGCCGGCAGCAGAGGCUCAAACUGGCGAGGCGCCAACGGGUGCAGGAGAUGCUGGAGGGAGGUCCGCGGGAGACGGCAGAGGGUCGAAGCGACACCGAGAGCGACAGCGACGACGACAUGGAGGGGACCCGAACACCAAGGACGAAAGGCUUGAGGUGGGCACUGUCAGCACUGCGUAUAGCAAACGCCUUGGCAAGGCUGACACUGGACGUUACGCAUAUUAGGAAGAUGAAGUCGCUGCACCCCGAAGAAGAUGAGGGCGAGGAGAACGACAUGGCCGACUCCCCACAGCUGGUACCGACGUCGAACCGAGACCUGCCCCCAGUUCCCGGCGCCUACGGCUACUGGGACGUGGCGAAGAAGGGGCCAGACUGGAAGUUCCUGGCAUUUUACGACUCGCAGGAGCCCAAGAUGAAGACCACGGCCGAUCAGUUCUCAUAA